CCUUGUGCUUAGCAGGCAGACUUUACAUCGAGUUUUUUUUUCGUUUUGUCUGAAUUUUCGUUAAUAAAAAGAGACAUGAAUUAUUCUACCUCCAAAAGCGACAGUUACUUUGGAAAAGAAGCAAACAUGUCGAACGACUUAUUGCAACUAUUGAGUACGGUGGCCGCGGGUUUCACCUUGAACGGGUCGACACCAUCGAUGAGCUUGCCACAGAAUUGUGGCGAUUUGCGGAGCGAGCACAACGGCCAGUUUGUGGAACUAACUGGCAAGUUAACUAAAAAGUCAGUCACUCGCUUUGCGGAGCUACGUGAUCGUAGCGGAGGCUCCUGCCAACUGGUGAUUCUCGAGGACAAGUACCCCCGGAUUGCACGUCGCAUUCGGAACAUGCCAAGCAACGUAAACCUAACCAUAAUGGGCCAAGUUAUGCUCCGUCCGCAGAACUCACGCAAUCCAACCAUGUCCACGGGAGACAUUGAGGUGGAGGUCCAGGAGAUUGGGGGCAUUCAAUUCCUGCCCGGGAGCAAACGUGCUGGCGACAAGCGAGCCUAUAUGGAAAUGGCUAAAAGUCGUGUUACUAAUGUCGAGAAAAAAAUGUCUCAGUCUGACAGUGUGCAGAAGUACUUUGAGAAUCGCGACUUAACUUGCGGAGACCUAAGGCGCGAUGAUGUGGGCACAACGGUGACCCUUGUGGGAUGGAUUCCAUUCAUUAAGAGUAACAAGUUCUUGCAACUCAAGGAUGGGCAUGGCCAAACCCAACUAACGGUUGAUGAUGUGUCUAUUAUGAGCGUUUUUACUUCAGCCCAAAUGCAGAGCGUUUUCCAGAUUGUUGGUAAAGUGGUUAGCCGCCCCCCGGUCAACGUCAAUUUGAAAUACGUCACUGGCGAAAUAGAAGUGUGUGUGACAAGCGCCAAAGUCAUAAACCCGUAUGAACCCUACGAGGGUCCCAUAAAAUCAAAUAUAAAGCAACAGGUGUUCGAGGACGGAUCGGACGGCAAUGGGGAAAAUGCUGCUUUCAACGAGCCGCGUGUCAAGGUCCCGGACAUCAAUCGAUUCGCCGGUCGUACGCAUCAUUGCGGGGAACUAAGCUUCAAUGAAGUUAACCAAAACGUAGUGAUCUGUGGAUGGCUGGCCUUCCAGCGAAUGAACAAGUUCUUUAUCCUUAAAGAUGCCUAUGGGAAGACUCAGGUUAUUGUAAUGCCCAAAACAAAGGGAUUGGAGGACUAUGUUGGGAACGAUGUUCCCGUCGAUACGCUUUUGCUUGUAGAAGGCACUGUCUUUGGGCGUCCACCAUCUACCCUAAAUCCAAAGAUGCUUACUGGAGACAUUGAGGUGAAGGCGGACAGGGUGACUGUCCUCCAGCUGGACAAUAAUGAGUUGCCAAAAGAAUUGCAAAUUAAGCACGAAGAAUAAAAUAUAAAGCUCUGUUGAUCUAAAAUGUCAGAGAAAUAAACUACCAUGCAAUUUAA